AUGGCAUCAGCGCAGGCGCUGCCUCGGGCCCCACAUUUCCCCUCCCAUCACCCCCAUUUCCUUCCUGCCCCAUCCCCCAUGGCCUCCAGCAGCAGCAGCAGCAGGGAUGCUCUGUGGGGUCCCCCCCUAGCGGGGGGCCGGGAGCGCAUCCUGCGGGUGCUGGAGGAGCUGCCGGCGCUGGAGCUGCGGCGCGUGAAGGCGGCGCUGAACCGGGGCCCGGUGGCCGGCGGGUACCGGCCCGUGCCCCGAGGCAGGAUGGAGGCGGCCGACGCGCUCGACCUCACCGACCUCGUCCUCGGGCACUAUGGGGAGCGCUAUGGGGUGACGGUGGUGGGGCAGGCGCUGAGGAGCAUCGAGAGGAGGGACCUGGAGGAGUGGCUGCUGGGGGAUGCCCCUCCCCUCCCCGCCGAUGACGUCACCACCGACGUCCCCUCUGACGUCACUUCCGGGUGGGUGCAGCGGCACCGCGCGGCGCUGGUGCAGGGGGUGCGGGCGGUGGCGCCGCUCCUGGACCGGCUCCAGGCCCGGGGCGCGCUCAGCGCCGAGGCCGCGGCCGCGGUGGCCGCCGGGGAGACCCCGCAGGAGCGGAUGCGGCGGCUCCUGGACACGGCCCCGGGCUGGGGCCCCCGCGGCCACGGCUGCUUCCUGCGGGCCCUGCGGGAGCUGCAGCCCUGCCUGGCCCAGGAGCUGCGCCUGCCCCCGGAGCCGUGCCUGCCCCCGGAGCCCUAG